CAGAACGCACAGUAUGGCGGAUUCGGUGCUGCUGUUGCGGCGCGGCCCGAGCCGCUCCACGUGGCUGCGGGUCCGCAAGGCCCGGCCCCAGCUCAUCCUCAGCCGCCGGCCGCGCCGCCGGCUCUGGACACUGCGCUGGAGCGGCCGGCGGCGCCUGCGGCGGCGGCUGCUGCAGGCCCACGCCGCGGGCGGGGACUGGUGCGAGGGCGCCGGCCAGGGCUCCCGCGCGGCGGCGGCGCGGAGGCCCAAGGCCGCGGACCCCGACCCCGGCCCGGCCCCUGGCCCCGAGCCGGAACCGGCCGCCUCCGCGAGCGGCCCCCAGAAGCUCCCGGGCCUGUCCGUGCGGCAGCUGGGCCCGGGCCGCGCGCUGCUGCUGCUGCCGGCGGAGCAGACUUUUACUUUUAGUGGAAUCUGUCGUUUGACUUGCCUCUAUGGCCAGGUGGAGGUGUUUGGUUAUAUCAUCAGCCAAGGCCAGCCUGCCCAAGAUAUCUUCUCUACCUAUACCCAUGCGUACCUGACCAUUAAUGCAAUCCAUUACUCCAUGCCUGAGAAAAGUGAGAAAGAGAUAAGAAAGGAAGCCCGGAUUUUGCUCAGAUCUCAUCUUAACCUGGAGGACAGAUGUUGGUCGAUGAAGAAUUUUUCUCCUCUGUGUUCCAUUGUGAUGCUAGAACGUCUGAAAACCUCCACUGUGAACUUCCUAACCAGCUAUCCAGGUUUAUCUUACAUUUUCACACAAGAGGUUACAACGUUUCAGAUUAACGCUGAAUAUUUAGCCUUGAGGUCUGUUGGCAUCAGAAAAGAGAGAAGGAAAAAAGCACUUAAUUUAAGUGAGAGUGCCCUGGCAGCUCUGGAGGAGUUAGUGAGUGUGUCUUCUGAAGAAGCAGAUGGCUGCCCUGUCAUUCUGGUCUGUGGUGACCAGGACGUUGGAAAGUCAACAUUUAACAGAUACCUGAUUAACCAGUUGUUAAAUAGUAUUCCCUGCAUUGACUAUUUGGAAUGUGACCUGGGGCAGACAGAGUUCACGCCUCCCGGCUGCAUCUCUUUGCUUAAUGUCACAGAACCAGUUCUGGGACCGCCGUUCACCCACCAGAGGACGCCACAGAAGAUGGUGUAUUACGGGAAACCUUCUUGUGAGAACAACUGCGAGAAUUAUAUUGAGAUAAUAAAAUACGUGUUCAGCUCUUAUAAGAGAGAGUGCCCGCUUAUCGUCAACACCAUGGGCUGGGUGGCAGACGAAGGGCUCCUGCUGCUCAUGGACCUGAUCCGGCUGCUGUCUCCCACCCACGUCGUCCAGCUUCACUCUUCCCAGAGUAAAUACAUGGCCAGUCUCACCCCGGACUAUGUGGAUGACAUGGAUGGCCUGUACACGAAGAGCAAGUCCAAGGUCAGGAACCGUGGCUAUGAACUUCCAGAAUUCGCAGAUAAUUUGGAAUUUGCUGACGAAGAUAAAGAGAGUCCAGUUCUUUUUACUGGACAUAAACUGUUGAGUGUUUAUUCAGAGUUUUCAUUCAGAAAAACUUCAAGGAAUAGGGAGUCACAUAACAGAAUUUUUCGAGAACUGGCAGUGUUAGGUUAUCUUGGCCAGCUGCUGCCCGCAGUGCCAAAACCACUCAGUCCUUUACAUGGCCUGACGCCCUAUCAGGUCCCUUUCAAUGCAGUCGCCCUCCGGAUUGCCCACGCUGACGUUGCCCCUACCCACGUACUGUAUGCUGUGAAUGCCAGCUGGGUUGGCCUUUGCAAGAUCCUGGAUGAUGUCAGAGGCUACACAAAGGGGCCCAUCCUGCUGGCCCAGACUCCCAUCUGUGACUGUUUGGGGUUUGGAAUCUGUAGAGGCAUCGACAUGGAGAAGCGACUGUACCACAUCCUCACUCCUGUGCCCCCGGAAGAAUUGAGAACGGUGAACUGUCUGCUGGUUGGGGCCAUUUCCAUUCCACAGUGUAUCUUCAAGAGCCAGCGUGGACCUGAAGGAACAAUUCCCUACGUCACAACAGAUUAUAAUUUUAAACUUCCUGGAGCAUCAGAGAAAAUUGGAGCAAGAGAAUUUAAUGACACUCAGGAAGGGAAACUAUAUCGAAGACCCAGGUUCUAUCGGAAAAAGUAAACAAGUUUCAACAAGAGGAGAGACGUUUGUACCAGGAAGCUUGGUGUUGAGCCUGACACCAGCAGACCUGGUGGGUUUUGGGGCCAUGGAUGGUGCCCUUACGUACAGCGCUUCCUGUGGAACUCGUGAGGGUUGUAUAAUGAAAAGCUUCAAGUUUCUCUCUUAAAGCUACAUGACCUAGAACUUGGCCCUGAUGUUCGUAUGGUUUAUCCUUCUUGCAGUCUGGUGUUUUCUUAAAGGAUCUAAGGCAAUGAGCCAGACACGGUGCCACACUCCUGUGACCCCAGCAACUCCAACAACUCAGGAGGCUGAGGCAGGAGUUUCAAAAAUUUGAGACCAGCCUCAGCAGUUUAAGGGAGACCCUGUCUCAAAAUAAAAAAUAAGAUGGGCAAGGACUGUAGCUCAGUGGUAGAGCACCCCUGUGUUCAGUCCCCAGUGCCACAAAAAAAAAAAUCAAGCAAGCAGUGGGAAGUUUGUAUACCAUGAAAGCAGGAAGAAUUGGGUCAGUUCCUUAAAAAAAAAUUCUCCCG